CAAGGUCUCUCUGUCCCUGGACUCACCACAGAGUCUGGGCCCUAAGCCCUGAGGGCUGGCAAGCUCCGUGGCUCCUCCGGGAGCGGAUUCAGGACCGCAUUUACCAUCAUUACGCGUGGAGGCGAGAGGAGGCAACGUGGCUCCCAGGGCGGGGUUAGGUCGAGGUAGACGUUGCGCCCUGGGUGUGUCCAGGAGUGGUUAGUGACCAGUAGCAGCGGGUCUGGCAGUCCUGGCGCUAGACUCGGGCUUGGAGUGACGAAUAAGGCCGAGGAGGUGUGACAAAGGCUAUUGUCAGUCAGGGAGCUCCUGACAGCUAGAAACUAGAACUAUGAGCUCACCUUUGGCCUCCCUUAGUAAGACCCGGAAGGUGCCCCUGCAGUCGGAGCCUGUCAAUCCUGGGAGGCGAGGGAUACGAAUCUACGGAGAUGAAGAUGAGGUGGAUUUGCUGAAUACUGACCAUGGCUCAGAAGAAAGGAUCUCUGGCCCUUCCUGUUAUGGUGGCAUAGGUGCCUCUGUGAGUCAGAAAGUCUCUGCGUUCCAUGACUCGGAGCUUAUGUCCUCCAUGAUGAGGAAGUUGCAGGACCUGGAGCAGCAGGUGAAGGCCCAGACUGACGAGAUGCUAUCCAAGGAUCAGAAGAUAUCAGCCUUGGAGGACUUGGUGCAGACCCUCCAGCAGCACCAGGUCGGGGCGGCCCUGCAGCGGCAGGAGGAACUGGAGACGAUGUGCAUGCAGCUGCAGCGACAGGUCGGGGAGAUGGAGAGUCUCACCCUGUUGCCCAGGCAAGAGCACCAAAGUGGCUGGGCGAAAGGGCGCAUGCCUGUGAUCCUAGCACUCUGGGAGGUCGAGAGGUUCCUCAGUGACUACGGCCUGCAGUGGGUGGGCGAGCCCAUGGACCAGGAGGACUCAGAGGGCAAGGCAGUCCCUGAAGAUGGUGAAAGGGACUGGAUGACUGCUAAGAAGUUCUGGAAGCCAGGGGACUCAUUUGCACCCCCUGAGGUGGAUUUUGACAGGCUGCUGGCCAGCCUAAAGGACCUCAGUGAACUGGUGGCAGAGGGCGACACCCAGGUGAUGCCAGUGCCUGGUGGGGCACGGCUGCAUAUCCUUGAGCCCAUCCCUCUGAAGCUCUACCGGAAUGGCAUCAUGAUGUUUGAUGGGCCCUUCCGGCCCUUCUAUGAUCCCUCCACUCAGCGCUGCCUCCGAGACAUACUGGAUGGCUUCUUUCCCUCAGAGCUCCAGCGGCUAUACCCCGAUGGGGUCCCCUUUAAGGUGAGUGACCUGCGCAAUCAGGUCUACCUGGAGGAUGGGCUGGACCCAUUCCCAGGCGAAGGCCGUGUGGUGGGCCGGCAGAGGAUGCACAAGUCCUUGGACAGCGUGGUGGAGCACCCAGGCUCCAAGAUGACCAUCGAGAAAUUUCUGAACAGUCUUCCCAAGUGUGUGAUCAGGCAAGGUGAGGUGAUUGACAUCCGGGGCCCCAUCCGGGACACCUUGCAGAACUGCUGCCCAUUGCCUGCCCCGGUCCAGGAGAUUGUGGUGGAGACGCCUACCCUGGUGGCUGAGCGGGAGAGGAGCCAGGAUUCGCCUGACAGGCCAGCACCCCUGCUCUCCAUGCUGCGCAUCAAGUCUGAGAAUGGGGAGCAGGCUUUCCUCCUGAUGAUGCGGCCUGAGGAUACCAUUGGGGACGUGCGUGCCCUGCUAGCACAGGCCAGGGCCAUGGAUGCCACCACCUUCGAUAUCUUCAGCACAUUCCCACCGAGGGUCUACCAUGACGACGGGCUCACGUUGCAAGCCGCAGGCCUUGUGCCCAAUGCAGCACUGCUCCUGCGGGUGUGCCCAGCCUCCCGGUCUGGCCCCAGCUUUGGUCCUGGUUCCGGCUCCAGCUCAGAAUAAAGAGCCCACCUCCCCAUGCUCUGGGAGGCUCUCUUGGUGGGGCCUUCUCUCUGGACGCUGGAGGGCCAGAGGACCAGCUGGCCAGGGAGGGGGCGGUGCCAACCCGCCCCUCAGUAACUCGAGCCCCAGCUGGCGGGCCUGGCCUCAGGUUCUUUGUCCUCUAGUUUCCUCUUUCUUCUAAGAAGGGCUAAGAGGAUCCUGUUGGGGGUUAGGAAUCCAGUGGCGGGAAAGAGCCAGCUGCAUCUG